AUGGCGGGAGCAAGUGAGGAUUCUUCCGCGCAGGUCCUAUCCGCGCGAGGCUCGUACGCGCAGGUCGUAUCUGGGCAAGGCUCAUCUCCGCGCGACGAUGUGGCGGGUACUAACGCAGUAGCGCCUCGCGAAGGAAGCGCUACUAAGAAUGGUUCCGCCCCCCGCGCCGCUGUUGGUGCUUCUGCUUCGGAUAUGGUCGCUGCCUGCGACGCGAAUGGCGUCGCGAGAUCUGCGGCAGCCGCUCGUUCCGCUUCCGCCUUUGCGACUCCGCCGCUCACCUCCCCCCAUCCGCGGACACCUCCGCAGGAAUUCCCCCCUCUUAAAGCCCCCAUUUCUCCCGCAUCUGCGACAACCCUUUCCCCCCAUACCUCUGGAUUAGCGCCUCUUCAUUCCCCGAAACCCCCCGCCCAUGCAUUGUCUUCCCCCGGCUCCGCCUCCGCCUCCGCCUCUGCGGCAUCCGCUCCACCCGCUUCCACCGCACCAGUGUCCCCGCUGGCGCUGCAGUUCGUGCGCCAGUCGCGCGCCAUGAUGCUUCUCUUGGACCGCCAGUCCGCGGAAGUGCUCGCCGCCAGUCGCGCGGCGCUGACGGCGCUCGGGCAGGCGGAGGACGGGGAGAGCGCGCAGGGGCAGGCGCAAAGCGCGGGCGCGGGCGGGCGGAAGAGUUUGUUCGACUUGACGGGCGACGUGAGCGCAGAGCAGUGGCAGCGCGCCGUGAGCGACGCGGUGGCGUCCGCCGCGGUGCUGCGCUUCAACGUGCGCGACUCGGGGGCGGGCGGGCACCUGGCGGGGCGGCAGGUGGAUCUGAUGCUGCAGCCGUGCCAGUUCGCGCAGGAUGCGCGCUCGCUCGUCGGUACCUUCGCCAUUGUCAACCAACACACGGGCCCCUUGCUCGCCACCAGCAGCAGCAGCAGCAGCAGCAGCAGCGGCAAUAGCAUCGCAGCAGCGGAGGUUUCCGGAUAUGGAGGCUCGGAGGGGGGUUUCCUACCCAGUAGCAGUUCAGGCGGCGGGGGAAAGCUGAGUGGCAAGAAGAUGCGGCAAAAGAUAGCGGUGCUUUUAGGGUUUCAGGAGGAGUCAGGGGGAGCGAUGCAGGUCUUGGCGCCUCUCCCCGCCAUCCAAACCUCGCACAGCUCUGGGUCGGCCCAAACCACACCUAGAGGUUCGGUAACCCCUCGCGGUAGCUUCUCGUUGAAGAGCCGAGGGGCCGUGUCGGGUCCUCUCGCGUUCAUCGCCUCUCCUACUUCUUCUACUUCUUCAUCCGCUGCUGCCGCUGCCGCCGCCGCUGCUGCUGAUGCUGGUGGCGGUACUGGCGCUGGUUCCAGCAAUGAGAUCGGCUCAACUGGUGGGACAUUGGUUGGGUCAAAUAAGCCUUCCACCCCGCGCUCCAUGCUCAAACUCCCCACCUUCCACUCCUCCUCCUCCUCAUCCUCCUCCUCCGCCUCCUCCUCCUCAUCCUCCUUUGCUGUAACCUCUUCCGAUUCGUCCGGUUCUCACAGUACCUUCUCCUUUCACUCAGACGCGCCCAAGGCGGACAUUCCGCGGCCCCUCAGCGCAAGAUUCCUCUCCCGCCCGCCCGGAUUCGAACCCCCCAGGUCGGAGCGUCGCCAGGCCACCACGCCUGGACGCAGGCUCGGCUUGUCGUCUGUUAAGGAUGUGUUUUCCGGACCACUGGGGCAGGGUCGGGAGGGCAGGGACGGGAGGGGUGGACGACAGGGUAAGGAAGGGUCGGGCGGAGAGAGAGUAACAGAGAGAGCAGGCGGGAAAUCAGCUGAGAAAGCAGCCGAACAAGCAGCGGAGAAAGCAGCCGAGAAAGCAGAGAAAGCAGCAGAAAAGGCAGUAGGAAAGGGGGUUGAGAAAGCGGCGUCUGCAGGAGCAGGCAGGGAGGAGGAGAAGGCGGGAGGGAAGGGAUUCCGUGUGCUGUCUAGGAGGGAGAACAGGAGCCGGGGGGGGUCAUUGACAGAGUCGGAUGGGAUUCUGGGGAAGGGGAAGAGGGGGAGCAGCUGGGGUAGCUUUGGUAGCUUCGAUGGCGGGUUUAUGGGCGUGGCUGCUGCUGCCGCUGGUGCUUUGUCCGGCCCUGCUGUUGUCGCCCCUGCUGCCGGUUCUGGUGGUGGUGCUGCUGCUGGUGCCGACUCUGCUGCUGCCGCCGCCGCCGCCGCUGCUGCUGCUACUGUCACCACGAGUCCUGAUGUUGCUGCUGAUAACCAUGCGUGUGGUGCCACUUUCUCAGGCAGCAAUAUGAGCACCAGAAGUGGCAGCAGCAGCCCCGCCAAAGGCCCCAUCAAGCCGCCUGUUUUCCGCUCCCUGUCUAACGCCGACGUGUGUGAAAGCAACGCUGACAGCGGCAGUAACAGCGGCGACAACGGUGGCGACAACAGCGUGAGCCUGGUGAGCAGCGGCAGUAGCAGCGGCAAGGCCCCGCCUCUGGCCAAGUCAGGGUCGUUCGGGUCUGGAAAGCGCAAGGACCUGAGGGUCGCCAUUCCGCCUGAUGGGUUGCAGGAAGGCGUGGAAGUGGAGAACACCGAGGGGGGCGCGCGGGGUGGGGCGGGGGAAGCAGGAGAGGCGGGAGCAGGGGAGGCGGGAGCAGGAGAGGAAGCAGGAGAGGAGGACAGGUUGGUGGGCGGACAAGCAGGAGAGGUGAGGGAGGAGGGAGAGGAGGGGAAGAAGAGGGGUGGAAAGUUGGGUGGGGAGAAGGUUCCAGAUCGGGGUGAGGGAGUGCGAGGUAAGGAGGAGGAGGACGAGCAGCGACAAGGAGGUGAUGAUAGGGAUGAGAGAAGGAUUGUGGCGAUAGAGGGAGCAGGUCGGGGAGGCGGUGAUUUGGUGGUGGUGGGUGGUGGUAGCAGUGGAGUGUGUGAGAAGGAGAGGAGUGGUGAUGAAGCGGAGGAGAAGGUUAUGCAAGGUGCUGCAAGCAGUUCAGGCAUGCGGCACGAGCAGCUUGGGAUUGGGAUUGGGAGUGGUAACGGGGAAGAAUCGCUGCAGCAGUGGCAUGGCAUGGACGCUCUGAGAAACGCAUCGUCCGUUGCAGAGGCGGAUGCAGGGGAAAGAAGAGAGGCGGGAGUAGCGGGAAGAGCAGGAGGAGGAGGAGGAGGAGGUGGUGGGGAAGGAAGUGAGGAGAAGCGAGGAUUGAGGAACGAAGCGGGCAGCGGCGAUGCGGACGCAGGGCACAGGGAAGGAGACCAUGCAGAGAGCAAGGAGGGGGCUGCAGGGUUGCGAGAGAGGCGGGGCAUCGCAUUGCGAGUCGGGAACCUCGCUGUGAGUCAAGGCGGCAGGGAGAGAAAGCACAGCAGCCUUGGCAGCCUGGGGAGCGGCGGCAGCAGGAUCAGCCAGUGCGUGUACACGCCGUCACUGGAAGGCGAAGGUGAUGCGUGCAGCCCUGAUGCUGCUGGCCAGCAGAAGCACCGUAGCAGCCUCGGGACGACGAGUCCCCACAGCGAUAACGAUGCUGCUGCUGCUGCUGCUGGUGGCGGUGGCGGCGGCGGUGGCGGCGGCGGUGGCGGUGGUGGUGGCAGCAGCGUGAAGUGGCAUGUGCUCCCGCGGAAGCUGCUCACUCCGAAACGCUCUCCUCUCGCGUCCGAACGGUCGCCUACGAUUGCAGAGAUCUUGGGUGAGGGCGAGUGUGGCGAGGGGGGUAGAGAGGGGCGCAGGGGGAAGGAACAGGGAGGGAAGGAGGAGGGAGAGGAGGAAAUUAAGGAGGAGGGGGUUGCUGUGCUUAAGAAUGGAUCUGGGGGAAAGGAGAGAGAGGGAGGGAAGGGCAGGGAGGGUGUGGGGAUGAGGGUUAGGACUGGUGGGCAAGCGGAUGGUAGGAGUGAGAAAGAGGAGGUGGAGGAUGGAGGGAGGGAGGGUGGAGUGAAGGCAGAAAGUUUAGGGACAAAGGGAGACGGUGAGGCUUUUGAUGCAGAGGCAAAGAACGGGGAGAAGGACGGAGAGGUGAGAGAGGAGGAGGAGAAGGAGGAAGAGGAGAAAACGGAGGAGGGGAAGAAGGGGGAGGACAAGGAGAAGGGGGAGAGUGAGAAGGAAGGGGAGGAGUUGCCUCUGGUGGGUGUGUGGAGGGAGGGGAACGGAUGGCUGGUGUGGCUUAACUUUGAAGGAGACGCAUGGAUGGAAAUGGAGACUGAUGAGAGGAGUGGCGGCGGCAGCAGCAGGUGGCUCAACGCUGUGAGCUCCCUGCUAAAGCCAGGAGAAGAGAAGGGCGUGGGAGGGGGCAAGCGCGGUGCUGGAGACGGCACUGGUGGCGGCGGCGGUGAGAGGAGAAGGGGUGGCGGUGGCAGCGGCGGCGGCGGCAGUGGCGGUGGCGCAUGGGCCAGUGAUGGGGUUACCUUUGCCCCCACUGCCUCGCUUGGUGCUGGUAGCGGUAGCAGCAGGCAGGAGGCCGGGGAGGCGACGAGUGGGGGUGGUGGAGGCGGCAGGAGGAUCGGAAGGAAGGGGCUGUCUCACGUGCGUGACUCGGUGACCUAUGCCCCGGGCCAGCACCAAAACUCGGGGGAUUAUACUGAUGAGCAGCAGCAGCUGCAGCUGCAGGACGAGAAUGUACAGUCUGAGAAAGGAGGUCGCAGGGCAGGGCGGAGCAAGAGUCACGGGUUCUUCACUCCCCGGGAGAUCAGCGCUGCUCUGGGUGGUGCUGGCCACGGGCACGGGCACGGGCACGGGCAUGGGCACGGGCACAGCAGCAGCAUUGGAAGCCUGAGGGGGUUGAAGUCCCUGGGUGCUCGUGGCAGUCGGAGCAUGCGCGUGCCCAGCCAUGUGGCAUCUGCUGCCAUUCCUGCUGCUGCUGCUGCUGCUGAUUAUGAUGAGGAGGAGGAGGAGGAGGAUGAGGAGGACGAGGAGGAGGGAGAGGAGAGGGAGGAGGGGAAUGAAGGCGGAGGAGUGGGGGGGAAUGUGGUUGAGCAGGCAGGUUCUGAGCCGGCCGAAGCAACUCAAACAGCAAGUGGAGACGUGGUGGUGGGGGGGGUGGUGCUCGGGACACCCUCCUCUUCGUCUCAUGAUCCUGUUGCUUCUUUCUCCCACGAUGCGCUUCCUGCAUCUGCUGCUUCUGCUGCUGCUGCUGCCCCGGCCGUGCUGCGUGGUGAGAUAAUGGUAACGCCACGUGUGUCACUGGUGAUCUCCGAUGGAGAUGCUGCAAUAGCAGGAGCAGGAUCAAAAUUACGAGCAGGAGCAGGAGCAGGAGCAGGAGCAGGAGCAGAAGCAGAAGCAGAAGCAGGGGCGGACACUGCAGCUGCUGCUGUCGCCGGCACCACUGCCAAUAGUCCUCUCUUUAACUCCUCUCUUCCUGGGGAAGUGAGUGCAGGGAGUGUAGAGAAAGCAAGGGGCGACGGCGUUUUCCCUGGUGCAGCAGCAUUGGAAACAGCUGAGGAGGUUGAUCAAGCGAGUGGUGACAAGGCAGAGGAAAAUUUCUCUGCUAGUGGCAGCGGUGAGGGGAACAGCAGAGGCAUGAGGCUGGAUGCAACAGCAGAAGAGGUGCAGGAGGUGGGUGGGGAGAGCAGAUGGGUGGACGAUGAGGGGACAAAAGAGGGGGCAGAGAGAGAGGGAGAGGAUAUUCCUGGUGUGGACGAAGGGAGAGAGGAAGGCGGGAGGGUGAGGUUCGAUGUGAGGGAAGAACGGGACGGGGAGGCGGGCGAAGGGGCAGUGGUGGAGGAGGGUAAAGCGACCGAGUCUACUGUUCGUAGAACCCGCUCAACAACCCCUACCUCCCGUGAGCAGAAAAAAUCCGCCGCUUUGCCUUCUGCUGCCUCGGUUGCUGGUAGUGGUGCUGGUGGGGAUGGUGGCGGCAGUGGUCGGCCAAAGGCAGGGGGAGCAAAGCGGAAGGGCAGCGCAGGAGCGACAGCUGGAGCAGCAGGAGCAGGAGCAGCAGCAACAGCGGCAGCAGCGGCAGCGGCAGCAGCGGCAGCAGAGAAAGAGAAGCAGGCACGGAAGCCUGCAACGGGGAGGAGGCUCAGCUGGAGGCGCAUCACUGUGGGCAGCACUGGUCCCACCACUCCUGGCAGCAGCAGCGGCAGUGGCAUGGGUGGGGCGACGGACGGUGGGUAUGGCAGCUUUGGUGGUGGUCUUAGCAGUGGUGGUUUUUCCAGCAGCAGCUUUGGUGGGAGUCUGGGGGCGAGCAUUGUGGCUCUGAGCCUUGGAAAUGCGAGCUUUAGCUCUAACUUGUCUCUGGGAGGGGAUGGGAGGGGGUGGGAGGUGGGGAGUGAUGUUGCCACUGCUGAUACUGCCGCUGCCCCCAUCCCUGAAGCAGCAGCAGCAGCAGCAGCAGCAGUAGCAGCAGACGAAGAUAACAAAGGAGAAGAAGUGGAGGCUGGGGUGACAAGGCCGGGGAAAGAGAAGGAAAACAGGGAGCAAGAUUCAGAUGGGAAUAAUAGCCUUCCCAGCAUCUGUGAUAUCAAUUUCAAGGCAGGAGCCGAGGAGACGGAAGAGGAGGAGAAGGAUGAAGGGUGGGCUGCAUGUGACUUGGCAGGGGAGGUGAUGAUGGUUGAGAAGAGUGCAGUGGAGCAAGAGCUUAGGGAGCUAGAGCACCAACUGGCGGCCCUGCAGCAGCAGCUGAUGGUGUUGGGUGCGGUGGAGUGUGGUGGUGAUGGUGGGGCGGCCAAGGGAGAGGGUGAGAGAGGGGCUUUGGAGCGUGAGGGGACGGAAGAGGGAAGUGAGGAAGGGGGUAUGGGGUGGAGAGAGAGUAGGCUGGGGGAGAGUGAAAAGGGAGAGGAGGCGAGGGUGGGCGAGGUAGUGGAGGGAAAAGGAGGAGAGGCUGAGGAGAUUAAGGAUGACUCCGGCAAGGGAGGGGAGGAGGAGGCAGCAAUUGAAAGACGUAGAGGUGGUGGUGAUGGUGCCUUGGAGAAAACUCGAGAGGAGGUGGAAGAUGGGGCGAUCUCAGUGGCGAUGGGAAGCGAGGAGGAGGGCGGCAGCAGAGUGGAGGGCAGUGAUGGGAGGAGGAGUGGGCAUGUGCCGGAACACGCACCGUGCCUCGGGAGCUCGGACCAGUGUGUGAGGCAUGUGAUGGAUCGCGGUGGAGUGGGGUACGCAGUGGUGGCAGCAGGCACUGGCGACAUCAUCACCUGCAACAACACCUUCCUCUCCCUCCUCCGCCUCGCCUCUCCUGCCCCUCACUGGCUCUCCGCUCUGGAUCCCACCUCCGAGUCACAAUUCCUGGAUUGGCUCAAAAUGGCUACAAGUACCAUGCAUUUGCCCCCGCUCGUCGCGUGCCUGGCUACCCCAUCCUGCUGCACCGACGGGUGCGCUGAUUCUCAAUCCUCAUGUGCUUCUGAGCCUGCUGCUGCUGAGUCGACUGAGCUUAUCGCUGAGAAGCCGAUCACGUCCUGUGCUCUGCCUCCUGCAGCAGGCUCAGCAGGCUCUGCUGCGGCUGCGGCGGCGGCAGCGGCAGCAGCAGCAGCAGCAUUAGCAUCAGCAGCAGCAGCGCGUGUCUCCUUCAUCCACUCCCCAUCUCUUUUACUUAGUGGUCGACCUGCCUCUGCAGCCGAUGCAGUGCCCUUGGAUUCACGCUGUUGCGAGGUUGCCUUGAUGGUGUUAAACGGGUCUCUACAGCAAUGA